AGAAGAAAAGCCCUCAUGCGCACACUGUAUAAAGUUAGAUGAUGAUUGCGAGUACCCUUAACUCGGCGAGCAGUUCAUAGCCUGGGAGUGUUGGAAGACUUACCACGUCUCUGGCUAGUGCCAGUGAACCCGUCUGCGCUGACUACUCAGCACGUCAUGUUAUGUAUCAAGGUGGCCAUACCCUUCAUACAUCCUGAUUCGACGUUCGAAAGAGGCAAUCCGAACCUUAUCCAUGUUCCGGCAGAGGUACAUCAGAGAACAAAUUCAGCAGCUGACCUAAUCUGCCCACCCUAUAUUAGGGGGAUGCAGCUUUUAUGGCCAAGUGAUAAUGCCAAUUGUCCGAAUAUAGUCGCCUCUCAUCCGAUGCAGACCCUCGAUUAUUGCGCACAUUUCAUACGUACUUUAUUCAUGAUACCCAUACGUACGCGCAUGAAGCGAGUCAAGUAUUUUAUUCGUAGACAGACAUCAUGUAUGGGAAUUUUUCAUUGCAACUUGCAUGUCACGACCUGCACGCGUUGCAUCAUUGGCAGUCUCCACAUGGAUGCUAUCGAUGUGACAGCUUCCGAGUAUAGGGGCAUGUUUUACGGUAGUGUAUUAACGCACCCCACAGUUGAGGCUUGCAUAUUAACUUACGUUCCCCAUAUUUUGGGAGAUCGUCUUGUCCCUGAUCACUUUUUCACUCGUGACGCACUUGAUGGACGGUUUUAUUCGACAACAGGCGAGAUCACCCUUGUUCCGGGAAUGAAUCAUCUUGGAGAGCCGGGCCGCCACAGUUUAAUACCAUACAAAUCUUGUCUUCGCCUCAUUAAUGUGACCAGAUAUUUAAUAUACCCACAGCAGCAUGAUGGCAAUGUACCCUCCGCGUAGUGGGAAACAUAGCACGCCCAAGCUUUCUAUUAAGUGUCAUACAAGGUACAGCCAUGGUAAUAAUUCUUCCGCACUUACGACGGCCAUGGAUGUACCGAAGAGAGUGUGUGUGAUCGACCGCGAUUUAAAAGGUUCUCAUUCCAAUGGUAAUCGUAGGUGUCUGCGACCGGUAUCGACUCUAUCACUAGGCCUUGCGCAACUGAGCGAAAAUGCGUGGAUACUUCUUGCCUCUCUUAGCUACGGCCGCUCUAACAAGAGCGUCCGGUACGAUUGAACUGCUUGAACUUCAUUAUCACUGAUACUGACCU